AUGGGACCCAUAAGAGGGAACAGAAAGAGGAAAAGAGGCGAUAAGAAGAGCGACGAGAAUGGCUAUGGUUCAGCAGCUUCUGAAUGCUCUUUGGAUUGGUGGGAUGACUUCUCCAGAAGGCUUCGUGAAGGUGGUCAUCAAUCUCCAAUGAAAAGUCUGGACAAGUUCGAACUCAUUUUCAAGAUUUCCAGGAAAACUUUCACCUACAUAUGUUCGCUCGUAAAGGAAGACCUGACCUCCAAGUCAAGGGAAUUCACAUUUCUCAACGGAAGACCGCUGUCCUUACACGAUCAAGUGGCAGUAGCUUUGAGGAGACUUGGCACCGGUGGUUCACUAGCAGUGAUUGCUGGUUCAUUCGGGCUGAACAACUCGACCGUCUCCCAAGUUACAUGGCGGUUCGUAGAGGCUCUCGAACAAAGAGCGCUUCACCACCUCAAAUGGCCAUCGACCGAGCUGGAAAUGGCUGAAAUAAAAUCAAAGUUCCAGAAAUUGCAGGGCCUUCCCAAUUGCUGUGGCGUCGUCGACAUGACCCACAUUACUAUGCUCCUAUCCACAUCAGACCCCACCAGCAACGUGUGGCUCGAUGGCGAGGAAAACUACAGCAUGGUGCUGCAGGUGAUUGUGGAUCCCGAGAUGAGGUUUUUGGACAUAGUCACUGGAUGGCCAGGUAAAAUGGACGACUGGGCAGUGUUUCAGAACUCGACCUUCCAAAAGCUGUGUGAAAAUGGGGAGAGGCUCAAUGGGAAGAAAGGAUCAUCAGAUAUAAGGGAGUACAUAAUUGGGGAUUCAGGGUUCCCUCUGCUGCCAUAUCUCAUGGUUCCAUACGAGAACGAGCUCUCGGAUGGAAGCUCUGAGUUCAAUCGACGACAUUUGGGUACCCGGUUAGUGGCUCAAAGGGCACUGGCGAGGCUGAAGGAGUCGUGGAAGAUCAUCCGAGGGCAAAUGUGGAGACCGGAUAGGCACAGGAUGCCCAGGUUCGUUUUGGCGUGCUGCUUGCUUCACAACAUUGCUAUUGACAUGGAAGAUGAGGUUCAGGCUGCGAUUCCAUUGUCAUCGGAUGAACACGACUCUGGCUAUAGGCAGCAGAUUUGUGGGUCGGUCUUCGACAUGAAAGGUGCAGAAAUGAGAGAUGAACUGUCUCUUUACCUGUCUCAGAGGCUGCCAUCGUGA